GUGGGAGUUUUCUGUUUUGGCUGAUGAUGGCAGGUCUUUGGAUCAUACUGUCUUUUUGCUACUUUUGCCAACUAUGCAUGGCCCAAACUGUAAGACCACAAAUUGCAAACCCAAAAUUUGCCACAAACAAUCCCACCCUGUCAACAGUGGCUUUAGAGAAACCUUUCUGUGUAUUUGAUGACUUGAUGUCAAAAGGAGCAUCCUAUGAAGUCUACCUCUAUGUCACAGUUGUUUCUGCAAGAACUUCAAGACCCUAUGUCACAGACAAUAGUAGUAAACCUCUAAAUGCUACUUUCCAACAAACCAAUGGAGGACAAAGUGGGUCUUACAGAGCUGCUGUAUUUAAUGUUCCCAACUGUGCAUCUCUUCCCAAUUUAUCUGAUGCUGCUGAUCCAAUCAAGGCACCUGCUGUCUUGACCCAGUAUUUAAUCCGAGUUGGUGAUAAUACAGCUUGUCUAUAUGACCCAAAUUACCUAGAAGCCUGCAAUCCUCCUCUUUCUGAAGAUACAGCCUACAGGUUUAAAUAUGUCCUGGUUGACCAAACAACAGGUGUUGUAAAAGAUCAAACUCUUUGGUCUCACCCAAUCAAAACCAGAAAGUUGAAGCAGCCCUCCACCAUUGAUACCUGGCCAGGUCGGAGAAGUGGCGGAAUGAUAGUCAUCACCACCAUCCUGAGUGUGCUGAUGUUUGUCCUAGUGAUUGGAUUUCUUGCUGCUGUGCUUUUGGCUGCUGCAAUGACAUCAGAAGAGAUUCCCACUGAGACCAGAUAUGUGUCCCAAACUACCCAACAAGCUAUGCCAAGACCACAAGAGACGAUUGAACUAGAAACCUAACUGCAUCUUCUGCCCGUCAAAAAUGUUCCUCAUGUCUGAAAGGCAGCAUCCAAACUAAAAAAGGCUGGUGCAUGAGUAGCAGGUAGUGGAAGAAAACACAUCACUGAGCCUUUGCAUUGCCUAGCUCUCUGUCACUCUACUUUCUUGUGACACAUUUCAAAUAAUAAAUGCCACUUUGUCUUACAUUUGCCUAUGGUUCAAAUUUAAGACAAAACCAUAGUUGCCCACUGUGCAUUUCCCCAAAACUGUGA